CAGCGCGUCCUCGAGAUCAACAACUGACGGACUGAGCGGCUUGUGUUUGAGAGAAUUUCACCUGAGCUCCGGUGUCUGUAUGGAGAGGCAGGCAGUGCAGCGGGCCAAAGAGGCCUUCCUGAGUGGCAGGACUCGACCUCUAGAGUUUAGACUGCAGCAGCUCCAUGCCCUGCAGGUGAUGAUCACAGAGAAAGCAACAGAGAUAGCCACCGCUCUCAAACAGGACAUCAACAGGAGUCAGUACGACACACCGCUCCUGGAGCUGAUUGGCAUUGAGAAUGAGAUUAAGCUGGCUACUGAGAAGCUUCGAGAGUGGGCAGCUCCUCGACCGGCAGAAAAGAACCUCCUCACUAUAUCAGAUGAGGUUUAUAUCCAGCCAGAGCCGCUAGGAGUGGUGCUCAUCAUUGGGGCCUGGAACUACCCCUGGGCCCUCACUCUCGUGCCACUUAUUGGAGCUAUUGCUGCAGGCAAUGCAGCUGUGGUGAAGCCAUCAGAGCUCAGCGAGUGCUCAUCACUCCUACUCCGGGCAUUGCUGCCUCGCUAUCUGGACAAGGAUCUGUACCCAGUGGUGACAGGUGGUGCGCCAGAGACCCAGGAGCUGCUGAGGCUCAGGUUUGACCAUGUCUUCUACACAGGCAGCAGCACAGUGGGCAAAGUGGUGAUGGAAGCUGCAGCUCAUCACCUCACCCCAGUGACGCUGGAGCUGGGAGGGAAGAGCCCCUGCUAUAUCGACAAGAACUGUGACAUCAGGGUCGCCUGUCGUCGUAUCACAUGGGGAAAGUUUGUCAACUGUGGCCAGACGUGCAUCGCUCCAGACUACAUCCUGUGUGAGCCCUGCAUCCAGGGCCGGGUGGUGGAAUGCAUCCGACAGACUCUUCUGGAAUUUUAUGGAGCUGAUCCAAAGUGCUCACCUGACUAUGGCCGAAUUAUCAACCAGCGUCACUUCAACAGAAUCAUGGGUCUGAUGGAAGGUUACACUCCUGUGGUGGGCGGGCAGAGUGAUUCCUCACAGCGGUACAUCGCCCCAACAGUGCUGAAGGACGUACCGGCCCACUCCAGGCUGAUGCAAGAUGAAAUCUUCGGCCCUGUGCUGCCCAUAGUUACAGUGAGUGACAUGGAUGAUGCCAUUAACUUCAUCAAUGAGAGAGAGAAACCUCUGGCUCUGUACAUCUUUUGCUCCGACAAGAAGGCAAUAAAAAAAAUGAUUGAGGAGACCACGAGUGGAGGCGUGAUGGUCAACGAUGUUAUGAUGCACUAUGCACUCGUCUCCCUCCCAUUCGGUGGUGUUGGUCAGAGUGGAAUGGGCCGCUACCAUGGCAAACACUCCUUCGACCAGCUGAGCCACCACAGGGCCUGCCUGGUGCGGUCACUGGGCAUGGAGAGCGUUAACUUGGCCAGGUACCCCCCUCAGGACCGCCGGCGGGCACGCAGAGCACGGAUGGCUCUCACGUCACCGCUGAUUGACAUGUCCAAGAGGACCCUGGUGUGGGCCGUCCUUGCCACCAUUAUCGGCCUCGGUCUCUUCAUUGCCCUUCUUGUCGUCCUGCUCAUAGCUGCAGGCCUCAACUGCACCUGCUGGUACUGGAGAGGCUUUUAUAACUACUACUACUGACAUCCAACCUCACUGCUGUAAAAUCUGUCCAAAUAAACAAAAUGCCCCUCAGUGAUGUUCUUGUUUUGCAAUCACAUAUUUUAAAGAUAAAUUAAACUGUAACCUCUGGAUCUAUUUAUGAUCAUUUUCAUGAGCAGUGUGUCCUCUUUGAUUCUAUUUUACUGGAGGGUAACAUUCACU